ACAAAAUAGACUCGUUUACAGAAGGAAACAUGGCAGGCACUAUCCGGAGAUAUGCCUUAGAAUUAAACGCAAGUGAAGCCUCAGCGAUUUUAUUCUCCAACCGAAGUUUUGCUGCUCUACAUGGAGGGAAGCUAUGUACUGUCCAGAGAAGAAUAUUGUCAUCAUUAUCAGAAGAGAAGAAAAAUGAAAUUGCAAAAGGCCCUGGAUUGGGAGAUUUCAUCAGUGGCGCUCCUAUGGUGGAGGAGAAUCCCCUGAAAAGAAAAAAAGGACAGAGGUUAAAACUACCAGCUUGGUUAAAGAGAGAAAUUCCAAUGGGAAAGAACUAUUUUCGACUCAAAGAUAGCCUACGAAGUUUGAAACUGUCGACGGUUUGUGAAGAGGCCAAAUGCCCUAACAUUGGAGAAUGCUGGGGAGGCAAAGAGGGAACAGCCACAGCUACAAUAAUGAUUAUGGGAGACACUUGCACCCGUGGAUGCAGAUUCUGCUCUGUAAGGACAGCCAGAAAGCCACCGCCCCUUGACCCCGAUGAGCCUAGAAACACUGCUGUGGCCGUGCGUGAUUGGAACCUUGAUUAUGUUGUUCUAACUUCUGUUGACAGAGAUGACUUGUUGGAUGGUGGAGCAGCACAUUUUGCCGAAACUGUACGACAAAUCAAACAAGAAACGUCGUCAAUACUUGUGGAAUGUUUAACACCAGACUUUCGAGGCAACCAUGAGCAAAUCGAGAUGGUUGCAAGCUCUGGCCUAGAUGUUUAUGCGCACAAUAUAGAAUCAGUAAAAAGCCUCCAGUGGCUUGUUCGAGACCCUAGAGCCAAUUACAAACAGUCGAUGGACGUUCUAAGUUUCGUCAAAAAUAAGCAUCCAGACUUAGUCACAAAGUCAUCCAUAAUGGUGGGCUUUGGUGAGAGAGAUGAAGAAGUCGUAGAAACAAUGAAAGAUCUAAGAUCGGUUGGAGUCGACUGUGUUACCAUUGGACAGUAUAUGCAGCCGACCACAAGUCAUUUGAAGGUUAAAGAGUAUAUAAGACCCGAAAAAUUUGAAGAAUGGGAGAGAGUAGGGAAUGAGCUUGGCUUUGCAUAUACUGCCAGUGGACCGCUUGUGAGGUCUUCCUACAGAGCAGGUGAAUAUUUUCUGAAGAAUUUAGUUGAAAAAAGACGAAAAAGAUAACAACUGGCAUCUAUGAUGGAUAAAAAAUUGUAGCAACCAGUAAUACAAAGACUUUUCUGGUCUGCAUGUAGAUAGAUGGUGGUAUUUUGAGUGUAAAAGGUUCUGUAUGGGAUCAAUUAUUCUGUGAAGUUGUAGUGCUAAUCUAAAUGAAAGCUGUUUUAAAUUCCAUUUAGUUAUUUAAUAUUAUGUUCGAGAUAACAAUGUAAUUGUAAAAAAUUUCAUUCUUGGUGGCUGUCAUUUUGUCGAUGUGUGCUAUGGCGUAGAUGGAUUGAGACAAUGUAACUUAGAAUUAGACGACUGCUUCUGCUGUAAUUUCAGUGGUCAUCUUCUAUGCAGUCUUAAAUGCAGAUGCAACAGGAUACAACUUACACCUGUCAGGGAAUCGAUUAGAAUGUAGAAGUUUUGAGAGACCUGUCGGGUAGUUGGCUGUUUUAUAGUUUAAAAAUAUAAAUAGAGAGAUGCAAGACUGAUCAAGUAUAUCUACUAGCAAGUAAGGUUUUGAAAUUUUGGAAUUUCCGUUAUAUAAAAUGAUUUAUGAAGUUCUUCGUAUCGCAGGUUUUUUGUUUUAUUGGUGAAAUUCACUACUCUUCACAUGUUUCAUUGUUUUAUUGCCAACAUUUUCUACACUUUCUUCAGAGCCUCAAAAUCUGACCCUAGUGCUAAUAACUAUUUUGGUAUCAACAUCGUUUCCCAAAAGUCUUAGAAUACUAACUUCGGUUUUCAAGAACAAAUUCAACCACCUCCUCUCCCCCUUGGAACAAUGUUGGUACGAUAAAACAAAGGAGAAAAUUAGGGGGUAAGUUUUCCUGUGACUUGAAUUAUGAGUUUCUAAAUUAUCAACAUUGUUCUGGGGAAAGAAAUCGGUAAUAUUCGGGAAAAGAUGUGGAAAUAUGGAAAAUUGACCAUUGACCAAGUUAUUUUGAUCUUACCGAUGAGUAGCUAAAAUCAAACGGAGUCCUAAUUAAUGAUACCAAAAUUACAAGUACCAAAAUACGAGUACCUAAAUAUUUCAAGAAAUAACAGAUAUCAAUAAAAUGUGAAGGCAGCUAUUUUUGAUGCGAUUAUUUGAAUUCUCAUCCCCAAAAUGGGUUCAAUUGAAGGGGCUCUAUCGAGCGACUGUACUAGUUUCCUCUGCGUAACCUUGAAUACUCCUCGGUACCUUGCAUCUCUUCACAAGCUUUAGAGGAAGUUUUGUAGGAGAGCCAAGGUCAUGGCCUUCACUUAGUGCGCACUCAAUGACUCUAAAAGAUUAUUAACCACAGUAUUUUCACAAUAAAAUGCCUUUGUUAUCCUUAUCGUAGUUAACACACCUUAAAAACACUGUCUGGCUAUUUUUCUUCAUAACAAUCAUUUCAUGGUGCAAGGCCAGAUGAUAUCGAACUUUUUGUAUCGUUUGUGCCCUCGUGGAGCAUUCCCCUGUUUUCACCGAGUUAACCUUGCAAAUGAGAUACCUACACCGCCUUCUAUCCUCCAUUCAUUCAAGAACUGGUAAAACGAAAAGGUUGUAAAUAAAGCAGAAUAGACAACUGAGGUAAAACAAUAAUUAUACACAACCGAGAAUUUUCACAUACCUAAAAGACUAAAAUGGCUGUGUAUUUGUGAAAUGGGUUUUCUUAGAGCCAUUAUUUGACUCUGGGCAUUUAAGCCUUUGGUUCAAAGAUUGCUAAAAAUAGAAGCUUCUAGCUUGGCGACUUUGUUGUUAGAGAUUUGUAAUGAAUGAAUAGCAAAACACAAGCAAUUAAGAAUAUAUAAGGACCCUAGACUGUUUUCAUAGAGGGGUAGCGCCUCACUGCUAAGACCACUUUCGCCUUUCCCAUUCGUGUUACUUCGAGUAUUUACACCUUCAUGACAACAGCAACACAACAAACAACACAAUAUCGAACGUGCUCUUUGAUCGCGAAUGAUCGUGGUGAAAUUCGUGGUAAACAUGGACGCAGAAAUCGAAAGACUCAAAGGAGAAAUCAAUCAAGAGGAGCAGGCUAAGGAGAUGCUUGAACAAUCUAUUGCUGAUUUGACAAAAACAGCAAAUGAAUUAGUUGAUGAAUUAGAAUUGCUAGAAGAGAACAAUGGAG